GAAACCAGGCGAGGCAGAACUCUGCCAGUGCCUUGGCUGCCUGGCUGGAGGGAAGACCCGUCACGAGUACCAGGGGCUGGGGACUGAGAGGAGCUGGAAGCUGAGAGAGAGCAGCCCCGAGCAGGGAUGGACAUGAUGCUGUUGGUGCAGGGUGCUUGUUGCUCAAACCAGUGGCUGGCUGCUGUGCUCCUCAGCCUGUGCUGCUUGUUGCCCUCCUGCCUCCCAGCUGGGCAGAGUAUGGACUUCCCUGGGGCAGCUGUGGACAACCUGGUGGUCAGAAAAGGGGACACGGCUGUGCUUAGGUGUUAUUUGGAAGAUGGCGCUUCAAAAGGUGCCUGGCUGAACCGGUCAAGUAUUAUUUUUGCAGGAGGUGAUAAAUGGUCAGUAGAUCCUCGAGUUUCAAUUGCAACAGCAAAUAAAAGGGAAUACAGCCUACAGAUACAGGAUGUAGAUGUGACAGAUGACGGUCCAUACACUUGUUCUGUGCAGACCCAACACACUCCGAGAACAAUGCAGGUGCACUUAACUGUACAAGUUUCUCCGAAGAUAUCUCGUAUUUCAACUGACAUUGUUGUGAAUGAAGGAAGCAAUGUUACACUUACUUGCUUGGCCACUGGGAAACCAGAGCCUUCCAUUUCUUGGAGACACAUCUCUCCAUCAGCAAAACCAUUUGAAAAUGGACAAUAUCUGGACAUCUAUGGAAUUACAAGAGACCAGGCUGGGGAAUAUGAAUGCAGUGCAGAAAAUGAUGCCUCAGUCCCAGACGUGAAAAAAGUAAAAGUCACAGUAAACUUCGCCCCCACAAUUCAGGAACUUAAAUCCAGUGGUGUGAUGCUAGGAGGUAAUGGACUGAUAAGAUGUGAAAGUGCAGGAGUUCCUGCUCCAGUCUUUGAGUGGUACAAAGGAGAGAGAAAACUGAUCAAUGGUAAACAUGGAAUUACUAUUAAAAACUAUAGUACAAGAUCACUUCUCACUGUCACCAAUGUAACAGAGGAGCAUUUCGGCAACUACACAUGUGUCGCUGCCAACAAGCUGGGGGUGACCAAUGCCAGCCUGCCUCUCAACCCUCCAAGUACAGCCCAGUAUGGGAUUACCGGUGGUGCUGAAGUUCUGUUCUCCUGCUGGUACCUUGUGUUGACACUAUCCUCUUUCACCAGCAUAUUCUACCUGAAGAACAUCAUUCUACAAUAAAUAUAAAGAACCAUGAAAGGCUUUUAAGGAUUCUCUGAAAGUGCUGAUGACUGGAGCCAAUCUGGUAGAGUUUGUUAAAAGCAGCGUGGGAUAUAAUCAGCAGUGCUUACAUGGGGAUGAUCGCCUUCUGUAGAAUUGCUCAUUAUGUAAAUACUUUAAUUCUACUCCUUUUUUUGAUUAGCUGCAUUACCUUGUGAAGCAGUACACAUUGUCCUUUUUUAAGACGUGAAAGCUCUGAAAUUACUUUUAGACGAUAUUAAUUGUGAUUUCAUGUUUGUAAUCUACAAGUUUUCAAAAGCAUUCAGUCAUGGUCUGCUGGGUUGCAGACUGUAGUUUACAAAAAAAAAAUAUUGCAGUGAAAAUGUGAUUCUUUAAGGCUGCAAUACAAGUAUUCAGUUCCCUCUUUAAAUAUGAUUCUAUCCACAUUUAUUCAGAAGCAUUUUUAUUUUAAAAAAUCAAAUAAUAUUGCCUUCAAAACAUUUCUUCAAAAUAUAACACAUAUCUAGAUUUUCUUCUAGCAUGAUAUUCAGGUUUCAAGAAUGAGCCUUGUAAUAUGACUGCAUAAAGCGGUUCUGCUUCCCCACCCCGCCCUGUAAAUUCAGCAUGGGUGUGCCUUCAUAAAAUACUACUUUUCUCUUCCUCUCCAACAAUUCUGGAAUGUGUACUGGUAAAUGACAACAUGUAAAUUCAAGCGUACCUAAUCUCCAGUUGAGGACAAAGAUGCUAUUGGCUAAAAAGAAUACCUUCUCUUCCACCUCCAGUGGGGUAAUGGAACUGCUCCAAACUCUGCCCACAACAAUUAGACUACAUGGUAUUUUUUAACCAGUCAAUCAAAAAUAGCACAGGUAUAUUUCCCUUGUUUUUUCCCUCUAGUGUAGUUAAUUUGUAGAUUUUGUUUGUAAAACAAGUUUUCCCGGUAUAAAAUACAGCACAACUCUCUUAAGAGACUUCUUGUGAAUGUAGCACUUUUCCCUUUCAUUACUCUAAGUCAGAACUCUUAAAAGGCUGUAUAUGUGAGAUGGUGACAGUCCCUUUUUUAUUAUUGGCCAGUACUACAUGAAUUGAUAUUCUUGCACUGGAGUUGUACUGAUCAGCUAACUUAGCAAUGAUACUUUCAUUGCAAAUGUUUUUAAAUCUCAGAUAGCUGAGAACAUAGGAAGCAUUGAACAUACAUUUAAUAUAGAUAUAUUGAAAAACAAGUGGCUCCAAUAACUAUAUUUUGGUGCACCUUACAAAUGGCGUCACAUUGCAUCUUAAUUGCCAGAAUUUCAUUAAUGCACUGCUAAGAUGUAUGAAUAUCUUACCAUAACAAUUAAUUUCACCUUUCAUAAAUGACUCUUGCAGUCCCCACAUAUUGCAUUGAGUUCAAGAGAAGUUUUGCCUGAGUAACGGAUUGGAUCCUAAAAUAGCAUAUUUUAUUUCUAUGGAUAUAAUAGAGUUGUUGGUUUUUUUUAAAACAGCCUCUAAUUUUGCUCCCAAAUUAUUGUACAGUCAUGCUGUAAAUUAAUUGUGAGCACUAAGUUGCACUUGCAAAACUGGAGGCUGAAGCAAGGUCCCUUUAAAAAUUUGACUCAUUAUAAAAGUUGACCAUAUAUGGUCCAGUCCAUCACCCAUUGUAGUCAGUACAAAGAUACCCACCCACUUCAGUGGAAUUGGAUUGGGCCCAUAUAGAAAGAGCCACUGGUGAUAAGAAUUUCUAAUUAAAACAUUAAUUACAAUAUAAAAUUAUCCAUUCACUUGUUCAAUAUAUAAAACCACAGUAUAUAAUAACAAGACUGCUGCCGUGUGAAAGUUGGAGUUAUUUAUAUCAAAAGAAGAUUGUCACUGAACACCAUAUUGCUAAUUUGGCUACUUUUUUAGUAUCACUGCCACAGAAAUUUCACUCAGACACACUCCUACUCAGUCAUUUUUUGCUACUGUGUUAAGCUCCGUAACUAGCUAUCUGGGUACUGUACAUAUUCAGCACUUUCAAGUUCAUUUUGCAAAUAUCCUAUUUUUUAAAACUCAAAUUAUGAAUUUCUUUAGUACCUUGAUCAACUGGCCCAUUACUAAUAUAUAAACAAAAUAUGCAGCAAAUAUGUUGAAAUUACUAAAUGACACUUAGAUAAGGAGCAUAAAAAGAAUACACUGACUCCAUAACAGGGCAAUAAAAUGUAUUGAAUCACG